AGACAAGAAUUUCCUGACGCGUUAAACAGGUUACGGGCAUCCCGAGCACAUUCGUAAUGUAUUGUCUUACUCUAAAACUGUGUUGUGCUUUGCAAACAUGGUGUUGGCUAAGCAUAAACUAUUUACUGUACUGUAAAGUCAAAAACACAAAUAUCCAGAAAAGAAUAGACACCACCAAGGAACACAUAUGUGCAGUGCUGUCGUCAUCACAUAGAGCCUUUUCUUUUCAAUACGUUGCGUCCUCUUCCUUUCGUCACUGUCAAAUCAGCUGGGAACAGCAAGCCUGAGAUUUCUAGUUCACAAAUUAGCGAAUGUUGCUGCUAUUCACUUUGAAGUUCAGUAUGUUUACAUUUUUUUAAACGUAUGUAAUAGAAUUUUGAAGGAACAUAUGCAAUAAUCUUUACAAUUCAUCGUGAAAAGGUUGCUAAUUGGUCAAAUCUCGAAGCAAAGUCGUGAUAUGUUCGACGUGGAAAGAAAGUCGAUUCUCGGAGCCUGAUGAAGUCCGUGCUCAGAGAUCAUGCUGCGAAAUCAGAACCGUUUUAACGCCAACCAGCGCCUCGUGCUAAAGGAUAAAUGCCCUUGCGUGAAGUGAUUCUAACGAAGAAAAGGAUUCCAUGUCUUUCUUGGACUGCUCCUGUAUCUCCCACACCCAGGUCCAGCCCAUCUCCAUAGAGGACCAGUAUGAGGAUGUCAGCCACCAGUACUUGAGCGGCGAUCUUUCCACGGGCACCCCGCACAAGGCCGCAGCCCGGGAUGACAUGGCCAGCCUCUCCGUCGAGGCCGCGCAUUACCAGCUGCUGUCGGAGCUGGGGCGCGGCUUCAACAACCUGAGCCAGGUGAGCAUGGCACGGCAUGUGCCCUCCGGCAGGCUGGUGGCGCUGAAGAGCACAGACUUGGACCAGUGCACCGAGGACGAGCUGCUGCAGCUGCUGAACGAGGUGCUGCUGUCGCGCCUGUUCCAGCACCCCAACCUGCUGACCUCCCGCCUGGUGUUCAGCCGGUCCUGCCAGCUCUGGGUCCUCACACCGCUCAUGAGCUACGGUUCAGCAGACGCUUUGCUCAGGACGUAUUUCCCUGAUGGGAUGAGUGAAUCUCUCAUUGCGUAUCUGCUGCAUGGCGUCCUGAAGGCUCUGGAGUAUCUGCAUCACAUGGGCUAUGUGCACAGGGGUGUGAAAGCGAGCCACAUCCUGCUGUCAGGUGAGGGCCACGUGUACCUGUCCGGCCUCCACAGUCUCUACAGCAUGGUGCGUGACGGCAAGAGGGUGAGAACGGUGUUCGACAUGCCCCAGCACAGCCCCGCCCUGCUGCCCUGGCUCAGUCCUGAGCUGCUCAGACAGGACCUUCAUGGAUAUGGGGAGAAGUCGGAUAUUUACAGUCUGGGGAUAGUUGUCUGUGAGCUGGUCAGUGGAAGGGUGCCCUUCCAGAAUAUGCACCCUACUCAGAUGCUGUUGCAGAAGCUACGGGGGUCACACUGCUGCCUCCUGGAUGUCACCCCUUUCCCCCUGGGGGAGCUGGGGGGGCUGAAGGUGUCCCGCUCCGGGGUGGAUUCGGGUAUCGGGGAGAGCGUGGCGACAGGGAGCCUGACCCGUACCGCCACCAACGAGCGUCCCCAAAGCCCCGCUCCCAAAAACCACUCUGCCACCCUACACAACUUGGUCCAGGUGUGUCUACAGCCCCAGCCUGACCGCAGACCUUCUGCCUCAGCACUGUUGACUCAUGCCUUCUUCAGACAGGUUAAGAGGCACACGCGAGACUCCUUCCUCAGCCUGAUGUAUCCUGCCAUCCCCUUCGCCAGCCCCCAGGACACGCCUAUAUCCUGUCCCCCUGCCCCCUCUUGCCAUAGUCCCUCCCCGCCUGUGGACUCAGAGGAAAGCAUGUGGGACUUCUCCUAGCAACCCCACGCCCAUCUCCCCUCCCUCUCCCCCACCUCAGCCAAUCACCUUAUCUCCCCUCCCUCUCCCCCACCUCAGCCAAUCACCUCUACUUCAGGACAACCACACAGGAAGCCCAAACAUUAUGCAGAUUUUUAUUUUAUUUUUCACCUUUUUUUCUUUGAUCAACUUUUGUAUUGUUUUGUAAACAUCUGCACCCACAGCAGUUGGGUGGGUGGAAAGCGAGAGGGUGUGGAAACCUGGACAGGUGCUCUACCUGCGCGCGGCUGCUUCAGCCACUAGAGCUGUGAUCUAUCCACUGCCAAAAAGUGUCCUUCAGUAUGUGCUCUCCAGCCAGUUAAUGUGUAACAUGCGCCCUUGGCAAUGGUCAGUGGACACGGGGCAGUUAAAGUACAGUCCUUGUGGAGGCUGUGAAGCUGUUGGCAUCAUGAGGGAUACUGGGAGACCAGAGCUUUUAUUUAACUUAAUGUCCACAAUGCAGACAUGUAUUCAACAAGGUGAGCAUUGGCCUAAUCUCAGCUAAUGUUCAAGAACAUAAUUGGAACUUUUUUCCAGUUUGUCACAAAUGUUCGCUAAUGUAACCUAACGGUCUAUAAAGGGAUGGAACAAAAGUGGAUACCAAAGGGAAAGACACCAAGAAAACAAGUAAGUUGACAAUCAUUUUGCUGUAAUGUUAACAAGUGUACUAUUUGGUCCGAACUUCAAACAAUUCAUGGGUAAUCCCUAGUGAAAAAUUGCUUUCUUUCUUGGAAAUAAAAUAGAGCCUUCAUUUUAGCUCCUUGUUGAAUGCAGAAUCUCUGUUCGGUGUCCAAGCAUCCAAAUGAAAGCGAUUCCUCAUUUUUGUCUGGGUUUUAUUUAGCAUGUUCAGGAACACAACCAAAAAACAACACAGCCCAUUAUGCCCAAACCUACCCUAAAAUCCCUCUGAAAAUGUGCAUUUGAUUGAUGGGGACAAAUAUGAAUUAUUGUAUUUUAUGGAAACCGUUGUACUGUUUAGGAAAAUACAGUCUUUUUUUCUGUGAACCAAUACCGUAUGUAUGAGAGACCUUUUAUGUUGUGUUUUUGAAUAUGAAAUGUAUUAAAUGUAUGAGCCUUUUCAAAAUAUAUUCUUAUUUUGUUUCUAAAA